UUAACGCUUUACAUGCUAACAUAAGUAACAUUUUUAACAAAACUAUAUUUUCAUAAAAAUUAGAAGAAUGACAGUUUUUUUCAGGGGGGCAAGUCUUUAAUUUUCGGCUUAUUAGGAGACAACUGAAUUCAUAUACUUCUGCAUUUAUUCUAUUGAGAAAUUACACCUAACGAAGCCUCUGGAAUACCAUACUCUACACCUGUAAGAAAAAUGCGAGUGAAAAAGGCAAAUAAUCUCCUAGUGUUAUUAUGGAAAUGAUUUUGAGAACCUCUGUAUUAUAGCAAAAUUUUGUUAGACCACAAUUCAGUGUUUAGUAUUUUUACAACCAUGUAUACAUGAUAUUCCUAGGCAGAGCUAAGAGGCAUAUCAUGAUAAAAAAAAAAAAUUAGCUUUCUUUUAUUGUACUUUUUUGUGUUUCAUGGAGUUAAUGUCUUAUUUUUAUGUUUUGUUUAACCCAUUGCCGUCAAGUCAAUUCUGACUCAUAGCAACCCUGUAGGACAGAGUAGAACUGCCCCACAGGGUUUCCAAGAAACGGCUGGUGGAUUCGAACUGCUGACCUUUUAGUUAGCAGCCAAGCUUUUAACCACUUUCUUCUAGCUUUCAUUGUUGCUGUUGAGAAGCCCAAUGCCAUUUUUAAUUCUUAUCCUUUGGGCAUUUUUGUAUCGCCUCCCUGGACACUUGUAGGAGCUUCUCUUUAUCCCAGUACUCUGAAAGUUUCACAAGAUAAUAUCUUUGGUUAGGACUGGUUAAUCUAUUGUGCUGGGCACCAAUAGAGCUCUUUCAGGCUGAUAAAAUCAGUAUCCUCAUUUUCGUAAUUUUUUUUUGUUUGAAGAAUUCCUUCCCUUCGUUUUCUUCUUUCUCUCUUUGUGAAACACUGUUGUCUGGAUAGUGGAUCCUUACAAAUGCUCUAAUUUACACGUUUUCUCUCUGUUUUCAAUUUAUUUGUCUUUUUGCUCUACUUUCUUGGAGUUGACUUCAGCAUCUACCAUUCUUUUGAAUAUAUUAUUUCAACUCUUGUAUCUUUGAUUUCUAAAGGCUCUUUUUUUUGUUUUUGUCUUCUGUUCCUUUUUCAUAGUCUCUUGUUCUUAUUUCAUUGCUGUGAUAACUUGUUACCUGUCUGCAGAUAAUAAUACUAGUUUUGUUUUUUGAAAUUUGUAUCUUCUUGCUUGAUCUUUAUUUCCCUCUUGCAGUAGAAUAUUCAGUGAGUACACGUUCCUCUCAUUCUAGCCUGCAUUCCUCUUUGCAAUAUGACUUUGCUUUUCCUUCCAUCCAGAGGUGAAAUCUAUUUCCUCUUGAAUCUGAACUGGCCUUAUGACUUUCUUUGACUAAUAGAAUGUGGCAGAAGUAAUGUGCAUGUUCUGGAGCCUAGGCCUUAUGGUGGCUCACAGCUUGUACCUUUGUUCUCUUGGAACACUGUACUGAGAGUGUUGUGUAAGGAAGCCAGUAUAGCCUUCCAGAGGAUGAAAGGUGCCCCAGCUAGACAGCCAGCACCAGAUGCAGGCAUGAGCAAUCUUGGACCUUCCAACCUAGAUAAUAUUCUUGCUUAAUGUAUCUGCCUAAGUGAGCCCAAGUGAAAUCACGAGAGUAACUACCUUCAAAGUGAAUGAGAGAUAACAAUUUUUGCUGUUUUAAGCCAUUAAAUAUUGUGGUUCAUUAUAUAGAAAUAGUUAACUUUUACCCUUCUGUGAUGGUUACGGUUGUAUGUCAACAUGGCUCGGCCAUGAUUCUCAGUGGUUUGGCAGUUAUAAUGUAGUUUGGCAAUUGAAAGAUGUUGUAAUCAGCUCCAUCAUGGGAUCUGCUAUGAAUAGCCAGUCAGCUGAAAGGGAGUUUCCUUGGGUGUGUGGCCUGCAUCAAGUAUAAGUGGACGUUCUGGCAAGGCUCCAGAGCUUUUGCUUGCUCUGGAUCCUGCAGCUGGCCUGUUCAUCUGACCUCCAGUUCUUGGGACUUAAGCUGACAGCUUACCUGUGGUCUUGCCUUCUGAUCUUGGGAUUGAUCAAUCUUCACAGCCUCUAAGCAAGAGCCCUGCUCUCUGACCUUCCCUGAUCUUGGACUCGCCAGCCCUUGUGGCUACAUUCAUCAGAAGAAGCCUCUAUCCUGACCCACAGACUUGGGACAUUCCAGCCUCUACAAAUUUUUAAAAAGCCUCAUGGGACUCACGAUUGCUGAACACCGAGUAUAUUUAAGAAACUUGAUCACGUAAGAUAUGCUCUGGAUGGUCACAGGACUUUACCUGGAAUCAAGACUAAAUGAGCCAGACUUUCCUUCAUUCUAACUGUACUGUCCUCCAUUUCAAAAUGUCUUUGCACCUGUGAUAAAUGCAAACUGACAACUCCCAAGUCCACAGGAGAGGGAAAAUCAGUGGUGUCUGAAGCCUAGAAGACUGCCCUUUACAAAGCCAAGGCCCCAACGGUUGUUUGAAAUGCUGAGGAAGCUUCUGCGGAGGAGACUGUUUUCUUAUCCCACUAAAUACUACUUCUUAGUUGCCAUUUUUUCCCUAGUCACCUUCUCUGUUUUAAGAAUUCAUCAGAAGACUGAAUUUGUAAGCAUUAGAGACUUGGAACUGACUGAAGAGAAUCCUAGUAGUGAUAUUAAUUGUACCAAAGUUUUACAGGGUGAUGCAGAUGAAAUCCAAAAGGCAAAGCUCGAAAUGCUAACAGUAAAAUUUAAAAAGCGCCCUCGGUGGACAACCUACGAUUAUAUAAACAUGACCAGUGAUUGUACAUCUUUCAUCAAGAGGCACAAAUAUAUCACAGAUACCCUUAGCAAAGAAGAGGCAGAGUUUCCAAUUGCAUAUUCUAUAGUAGUUCACCACAAAAUUGAAAUGCUCGACAGGCUCCUGAGGGCCAUCUAUGUGCCUCAGAAUUUCUAUUGUAUUCACGUGGACAAAAAGUCUGAGGAUUCCUUUUUAGGUGCAGUGAUGGGCAUUGCGUCCUGUUUUAGUAACGUCUUUGUGGCCAGCCAGCUGGAGAGUGUGGUCUAUGCUUCAUGGAGCCGGGUCCAGGCAGACCUCAACUGCAUGAAGGACCUCUACAGAAUGAGUGCGGACUGGAAGUACUUGAUAAAUCUUUGUGGUAUGGAUUUUCCUAUUAAAACCAAUCUGGAAAUUGUCAGGAAGCUCAAGUCAUUCAUGGGUGAAAACAACCUCGAAACUGAGAAAAUGCCACCCCACAAAGUGGAAAGGUGGAAAAAGCGUUAUGAAGUCAUUGAUGGGAAGCUAACAAACACUGGGGCAGAUAAAGUGCAUCCUCCUCUCGAAACACCCAUUUUCUCAGGCAGUGCCUAUUUUGUGGUCAGUAGGAACUAUGUGGGUUAUGUGCUAGAAAAUGAAAAAAUCCAAAAGUUUAUAGAGUGGGCAAAAGACACCUACAGCCCCGAUGAAUAUCUCUGGGCCACCAUUCAAAGGAUCCCUGAAGUCCCUGGUGCACUGCCCUUGAGCUAUAAGUACGACACAUCUGACAUGCAGGCGGUUGUGAGGUUUGUCAAAUGGCACUACUAUGAAGGCGAUGUUUCCAAGGGCGCCCCCUACCCGCCCUGCAGUGGCGUCCACGUGCGCUCCGUGUGUGUUUUUGGGUCAGGGGACUUGAACUGGAUGCUACGCAAGCACCACUUGUUUGCCAACAAGUUUGACGUGGAUGUUGACCUCUUUGCUCUCCAGUGUUUGGAUGAACACCUGAGGCAUAAAGCUCUGGAGCCUUUAAAACACUUACCGUGGUAGGCAACUUUAGAAAGAAGGGUGCUGCGCAGAAUGAACACCAUCUGACUUCUCUGCAUCAGAAAAGCUGUAUGGGGGACUUUUGGGGACAGGGAUUCUGCUAAGGCUUUAUGUCAGAGAAUCUCCAUGUUUUCGGCAGAGCAAGUCUGGUAGAAAGGUUAUAGCAUUAAAUCUCCAGCAUCAUUAAAGAGAGGAGGCUGGGAGCCAAGAUUUUGUUGGAGGAAAAGAUGUAGUUGUCUUCACAACUCUUUUCUUUGGCUAUGUGGUUUGUGAAUGUGUGGUGGUGGGUAGCAAUGAGGCCAGAAGAGACAGCAAAUGUGGGAGAGGUGGCAGGGAGAGGUGAGGUGCAAAACUCGGCCUGCUAAAAGCUCAGGGACUUAAAUCAAAAAUGCUUAACAAAAGGAAAAUAAUCAACCUGUGCAAAAAUUAUUUUGAUAUGAUAAUUUUCCUGAUUUGAAUAAAUUUGUAGCAACAACCAAUCAUAAAGGUCUAAUUUAUCUUGUAUGUUGUUGUUAGGUGCCGUUGAGUCAGUUCCAACUCAUAGUGACCCUGCGUACCACAGAAUGAAACACUGCUUGGUCCUGCACCAUCCUUACAAUCAUUACUGUGCUUGAGUCCAUUGUUACAGCCACUGUGCCAGUCCAUCUCAUUGAGGAUCUUGUGUUUUUCACUGACCCUCUACUUUACCAAGCAAGUCCUUCUCCAGGGACUGAUCCCUCCUGAUAACAUGUCCAAAAUACAUGAGAUGAAGUCUCACCAUCCUUGCUUCUAAGGAUUGUUCUGGCUGUACUUCUUCCAAGACAGAUUUGUUCAUUCUUCUGGCAGUCCAUGGUAUAUUCAGUAUACUUCGCCAGUACCAUAACUCAGAGGCAUCAAUUCUUCCAUCUUCCUUACUCAUUGUCCAGCUUUUGUAUAUUUGUUGAAAUAGAAAUUUGAUUUGACUCUCAAUGAUCCUUGUGAAUAAUUUACUUUCUAUUACAACACUGCGCUGUGUAGUACACCUGCUCUUACCAAAUACCUUGUUAUCUGACAUUUCGCAUUUAUGACAAUAGUAAAAAAUCUACUAUCCAACUAUUUUGCACAUUAGCAACAUACAUCUGGCAGUAACGAAUGCUGAGGUGUGAGGCGAGAGUGAUGGUUAGAGUUAUGUGUUGACUUGGCCAUGAUUCUCAGUGGUUUGGCAGUUAUGGAAUGAUGUAAUUUGGCAGUUGUGUAAUGAUGUGGUCAUCCUCUAUUUUCACAUAAUGCUGAUAUUUGCAUAAUGACCUGGUCUUUGGAACUUAACUACCUCACAAGUGAGGAGUAUAUACCUAUAUGUCAUCUCAGGGAACUUAAAGUACUUGAUUUAACAUGAGUUACUUCUGACUAAUUUUUGCUUAUAACAAUGCACUUUUUUUCAGGUAAUUUAUGAAUCAUCUUAGGUUAUCAGAAAAGCUAAGAUCUUUUUAUUAUAGUUUCUUAAAGAGUUAACGCAAGAAAAAUUUUCCAUAUAUUUAUCUCCCUGCUUCUCUCUCAAUUCUGCACAAACCCUGCUGUCAAACUGGAUAUCAAGGCUUAACUUUGAUAAAACAAAAAACAAAACUAAACCUGUUGCUAUCAAGUCAGUUCCAACUCAUGGAGACACUGCCCCAUAGACCUUCCAAGGAGUAGCUGAUGGAUUCGAGCUGCCAACCUUUGGUUAGCCAAGCUCUUAACCACUGCACCACUAGGGCUCCUAACUUUGAUGGGACCCUAUAUUACUCUCUCAGUACUCCAAUGUGACUUGAUUGUCACCAACUAGUACAGAGAAGAGAGAAUGGAUAAAAUAGCCUUGGGAGGAGGGGAAGGGGAGUUGUCGUAUUUAGCCAAUUACUGAAGGCCGUGAUUUUUAAAACAAGCCCUGGUGGCACCGUGGUUAAGUGCUCAGCUGCUAAUGGAAAGGUCGGUGGUUCAAACCCACUAGCCUCUCUGCUGGAGAAAGAUGUGGCAGUCUGUUUCUGUAAAGAUGACAGUCCUAGAAACCCCAUGGGUCAGUUCUCUGUCACAUAGUUGCUGUGAGUCGGAAUAGACUCAAUGGCAAUGAAUUUUUUUCUGUUUCUUUUUAAUGAUUUCUAAAAACUAGCAAUUGACACUAUCUCCAGAAAUAAAGGUUGUUUGUUGAAUCCCUUUGUGUCCAAACUUCCAGGGUCAAGGUUUCCUCAUGUCACCUGUGCCUUCACUGGAAAAGAACUGACCUCUGCCGUUACUGCUGCACGUUACCUGUGCAGCUCCUUAGCCUAUUGGUUGUAAUUUCCCUCUAUAGGGUUGCUAUGAGUCGGAAUCGACUCAAUGGCACUGGGUUUCGUUUGGUUUUGGUUAUCAUAACCUUCCAGAAAUGGAGGAAGAAUGGCACUUUUAUUCCACAUGGCUUACUCAAAGGCCUGGGAAUCCUAACACGAAUUUAAGAUUUAGAAGAGAUUGCAUGGAUAUUGAUAUUAUUUAUAGCAUACGCUCUCCAUUUUUACCCAAAAGACAGCUGAUUUGGAGUUGCUAUCAUGCUGUGUCAUAGCUCAAAGUCAGUUUGAUAAGCUGACCUUCUGCAGCCAAAGAUCUAACAGAAAAUGUGAAGCUUUAUCAUUUAAGUAGAUAGAUAGCUGUCUUUGAGUCUGCCUUGUAUAACAGAAUGAAACAUUGCCAGUCCUCAGUCAUCUUCACAAUUGCCAACAUGUUCAAGUCCAUCGUAGGGACUAUUGUGCUAAUCCAUCCAACUGAGGGUAUUCCUUGCCCUCACUGGCCCUAAACUUCUCUACACAUGAUACCCCCUUCCAGCAAUUGAUCCCUUCCAGUUACAUGUCCAGAGCCAGCGAGUCAGCGUUAAGUUGUAAUCCAUAAGGUUUUUACUGACUAAUUUUUGGAAGUAGAUCGCUAGGCUUUUCUUCCUAUAUCUGCCUUAGUCCGGAAGCUCUGUUGAAACCUACCCACCAUGGGUGACCGUGCUGGUAUUUGAAAUACUGGCGACAUAGCUUCCAGCAUCACAGCAACACGCAAGCCACCACAGUAUGACAAACUGAUAGACAGGUGGUGGUGAACAUUUACCAUUAGACUUUUAAAACUCUUCAAAGCCAUGAACUUUAUUUUUAGAACAUAGGAGACUUAAACAGUACAUGAGAAUUUCAUAAUACCAGUUUCAGGCAUUCACUGACAAAACAUGUUUUUAUUUCUAAAGAUGAAAAACAACAUUUUAUUGAGUUUUGCUAUAUUGACCACACUAAAUGAAAAUUUCAUGCCAUUUUUUGAACCUGGAUCAUCAUAUGUAAGCGUGCAUGUCCGUGGACUGCUGUGUUUCUGUAUAUUAGCAUGGUGGCCAGUGUUAGGCCAAGAGGAAGGCUCACUUUACUUUGAAAACUUGACACAAAGUUGAUGAGGGCAUUAGGUACAUAAUACUCUGUCUCUAUUGGUUUCUAAACCAAUUUUUUUCUUCUAAGGCAUGUCAAAUAUUUCUACCAUGUUCUUUUUUAGCAGAAAGGUGUCACCUACAAGGUAAGGCUCUUUUUUUUUUUUUCACUCUAAGACCAGAGACGUUCAGUGACAUGUGUAUAUAUAUAUAUAUAUAUAUUUUUUUUUUAAGUGCAUUCUUGGUGUCUUGUUUUACAGAACUUUUUUCAUUUUGAAAGUUUUCCAAUCCACAGAAAAGUUAAACCAGUGGUACAGCGAACACCUGUCUACCCCUUACACGUAACCAAAGGUUGUUAACCUCCUGCCCUAUUUGCAUUGUUUUUUGUGUUUUGGAUGAAGCAGAAUUGAAAAUUAGUUUUAAAAAUAGCUCAAUAUAGCAUUUAUCACAGCGCUCUUGCUUUGUUGUAGUGUGACUGCCUCUCAUUUACAUUUAAAUUGUCAAGUUUCAAGGGAUUUUUUCCUUCCCCAUAGGUAUGAAAAUAGGACUUCAGAGUCCAUUUCCUCAGCCCCAUGCUAAAACCAAACCCACCUUCUUUUACGCAGUUGAGAUAGCUCAUCUUUCUAGCAUGGUACUUGUUGAAAAAUGUCUGCAAACGCUACCCUACAGGUAAUACCUGUUCAGGGACUGUAUAGAAACUAAAAGUAUUUCAUUUUUAAACUUUUCAGAAGAACUUGAAACCACUAAAUUUAAGUUAUUCUGAAAAGCAGUUUGAGGAAAUCAGAAGGGUAGUUUCAAAAUUUCAGAAGGAAGCUGAUGAUACGUUCAGGAGAACCGAAACACAAGUUAUGUACAAGUUAUUUAAGUUACAUCGUAAUGUCAGUUAUUAAGCUUAAGUUUUUUUUUUUUUUUACUGUCACUUAAAGUCUUAUAGGAAAUUAUUAGAAGCCAUACAAAUAAAAUUGGAAAUCCUUAAACAUACAAAAAUUGCAAAACUAUGAUCAAAGUAUGCUAGCUAAUGAAGUAUUGUAUCAAGGCUGACAUAUGUUGUAGGGAAAAGAACAUCAUAAAGUUUAAUAAAGAAGGCAGAAAGUUUUAUUCUGCAAAUUUUCUAAAAGACAAUAGUGGGAAGCAGACAAUUAUGUUGCCAGAGCCAUGUCUGCCUGAGUCCAAGGAAAUAUUACAGAAUAAGCAAAAAUGGGAAAACUGACCAGCAUGCUGCCGCAGCCGUGUCUGUCCAAAUCCAAAGAAAGAGUCAUCAGUAUAUAUUAACAUUAAAAAAUGGGCAAAACCUUUGAAAUGUUCACCUUUUCACCGAUUGGCUAGAAACUGUGCUCCUACAUUUUGAAUUGCCUGUCUUAACAAUCAUUGGUACAGGUUUCAGUAACUGACAGUCAGGAGGGUCUUCACUGGUCCAACAAAUUCUCUAUUCACCAAAUGCUAAUAGAAAAAAAGUGGAAAGUCUUUUGUGUUCUCUUUGAUUGGCAUUAUGUGAAAAGUCCCCUAAAAAGAUAUUUUUCUCCCCUAAAAGACAAUUUCCGAGAUUGUCACAUCUAUUCUCUUUAUCUCAGGGCCCAGUUGAUAUGUUCUUGUGAGUCCUUGUGGGCCCAGCUCCAGCUAGGUCACAUUUUCUAUGCUCAAGGACAGGGAAUAAUGAUUCCAGUAUUGUUUCCUAAAUCAGCAGGAAGAUUUUGUUGUUGUCCCUCUCAACGAUCAUUGCUACAGGUUUCAGUAAUGACAGUCAGGAGGGUCUUCAUUGGUCCGACAAAUUCCUAUUCACUAAAUGUUAAUAGAAAAAGGUAAGAGUGGAAAGACUUUUGUGUUCUGGCUUAUGUGAAAGGUUCUCUAAAGGAUAUUUUCCAAGAUUAUCCUACAUAUUCUAUUGUCUUUAUACUUACUUAAGGGCCCAGUUGAUCGGUCCUUGUGGGCCCAGCUCCAGCUUGGUCACAUUCUGUAUGCUCAAGGACAGGGAAUAGUGACUCCAAUAUUUUCUAAAUCACAUACUACUUAGUAAAGGACAAAGGCUAACAAAAAUGGUUCUUUACAGGCAAUUACCCAGGUUCUUCCCAGACCACAGUAACUAGCUGCCCGGUCUUGAAAACAUGGAGGAUUUUUGUCUCUAAGCAUGUAUUUGUGUCAUUCAUUCAAGUACAAUUCACUUAAAUGAAAUAACAUCAGCGCAUUCAUUUUUUGUAGUUGUUUUAGGAGGAAGUAGCCAUGUUUUAGUUCAUUUGUCUGUAGGGUCAAUUGAACUGGACCUUUUCAGUUGCUUAGAAAAAAUAAAAAUUCCUCACAUUAAGUAUAAAAUGAAUUCAACAUUAUUCCAUGGCAAAAGUGAGUUUUCUCUUGUGAAUGUGGACAUUACUAGAUGCAGUUGAAAUCAGUCAAUCACCAUUAAAAUCAGCCAUUCAGAAACCAAUGCCUUAUCUCCACGAAUUAUUCCUUUUUCAUUUGCUACCAAAUGUUAAAUUUAAAUAUUUGAUAUUUGUACUCAUUAAAUUUAGUGGUUGAUAUGGUACAUUAUAACUAACAAGGUCAUUUGUCGUGAUUAAAAUCAGAAUCUCGGGGGAUUGAGACAUAGGAUUAAUUGCGGGGGCGGGGGGAAACAAAAGAGCUGUUAAAAGAUUACCAUCUAGAAGUUGGGUAGGCAGGAACCCACCCUGUCAAUCUAAGAUUGAAACAACCCAUGAAUUAUUAUCUCCUUCUUAGGGUUCUCUAGUCCCCCCCGCCCCGCCCUUUACAGGCUCCUCAUACGCAGAAGAACAAAUUGUGACCCAUGUUUAACCUUCCUUAGCCCUCCGAAGAUGGUGAUGUCGUGCUGAAGAUCAAGUGCACUUGCGUUCUAUCCCAUAAUAAAUGAUGCCACGGGCUGCCAAGAGGACUCCAUCUUGAAUAUCAGUGGAUUCCAUCUUAGAUUCCAGGUGUGACUCAACCUAAUCAGCAUACACCACCAUUCUGAGUAGUACCCACCCCUUGAAAGAAGCCCACUAAAUAUUCAUUACUCUGUUGUCUACACCAAACCCGUAUAAGCCCUAGCCUUGCUUCCCUUUUCAAGUCAGUCUUUUGGAGAGGUCCUUUUGCUUGACUCAAGCACAAUAAACCUUGCUGAAGAUAAAGUUUGUGUUUUGCAUGUAUUCUUACUCAGGAAAAGACAAGGACCCUUUGUGUUAGAUUGGCAAUUGGUAACAAGAAGAUUAAUCCUCAAGGCAGAAAUGUGUAAAUGGAAAAGGGUAUGGCAAAGUUAGAAAAUUAAACACAGAUUAUGAAAAAGGGCCAGGGUGGGGAACUUGAGAAGAAUGUAAUUUAAUGGUUAUUAUACAUAGGGUCACCACAAAUCAAUUGGACUGUAACCAACAACAGCAGUUUGCAUCCUAUGGCUCUGCUGAAGGAAGAGAGUAGCUCAAUGGCCAAAGACUAACAGGAUCUGUUGCUUGUUGUAGUACAUGGUGGUCACAGCUGCUGGAAAAGGGAAGCGUGUUGAAUUAACCCCAUAAGCAUAUCCCACCCCCUCAUUUAGUACCUGUUCCAAAGGUCAUCUCACCUGUUAAACCCCUCUGGAUAAUCUUGAGCCCCAUUUUAGAUGAAACAGACUAGAAAGAGGCAAAAUUGGUUGACCACAGGUCUUUAAAAUUUGAAAGCGUUAUAUAUCCUUUAUACAUUAUAAACCUAUUUAUGAAGGAUUUAAUUUUUAAUGUGUGUUUUCAUAGGAAUAGAUUAUAGAUUUAACUAACGUGUCUAUCUUCUGAUUAUGAGAAAGGAAAAAGCAAACGGAAAUUUUGAACAAGGGAGGCUUAAUAACAAUUUAUGCUCAUUUUUUGGAAUGACUUUACUGGGGUUCACAUACCAUACAAUUCACCCACUUAAAGCAUACCGUGAGUGGGUUUUAAUAUAACCACCACCACAAUCAAUUUUACAACAUUUUCAUCACCCCAAAAAGAAAACCUGUAUGUACCUUUUCAGAGUUUCUCCCCAUUUCCCCUCAACCUCC